UCUGAAGCAGCCAACGCUGUUCUGCCAAGGUGUCGAGGUGUUAACGCCGACUCAAGCUUGAUGACCAUUUCCCAUGUCGAUCUUCGCCAAUCAUUCAUUGAGCACUACCGAGAUCUGAUAUGGGCAGAAUCUGAUCUCGCUGCAGCCACAUAUGAAGAAGUCACUGUGCUCUUCUCGACGCUAUGGAAUCAGUUGCAGAUCUUGAAUAACGGGAUGGCUCUAGGCUCUGUCGUUAUUACGCUCGAUCACGCGUCGGAGUCCGGAGAGAUGGAAGAUUUCGAACUGCAUUACCUCGUUAGCCUCUACGAAAGCUACCUCUCUUCCGGCCAUCUCCCGGUAUCCAGCUCCCUGGAGGAUUACCUCUCGGAGAACAACCUGCGCGCGAAGGACUACCUCGCCUACUUUGACUGGAAUACGCUCGCCUUCAUGGCCAGCGUCGUGAAGCUCCCGCCCUCGAGCGAGGCCGAAGGCGUUGACUUGAGUGCGCUGCUGAGCGUCAGCCAGGUAGGGGCCGCGGGACUGGACGACGAGCCUCCGUAUCCGUACGAGAUGGCCUCCCUGGCACAUGUGCGCGACCGAAUGGGUGACGCCCUGGGCCUCCACCACGACGCACCAGCACGGCAGCUUCUCGUGCACUUACAUCAUCUCGGUCUCCUCGAGCGGCAUGACGCUCGCCCAGCACUGUUCGAGGACGCCGCUGCGGACCCCGAGAGCCUCCAGAUCUGCUUCCCGCUACCGUUUGGGUUCGAUAUCACCCUCGAGGUCGAGACGCUGGUCGCGACUAUUGAGGCGUGCCUGUCGGAUCACAAUCUGUCUCUUAACGAGGUCGGACUCCUGCUGCUCGUGCGGCGCUUCUGGCCGAAUGGGAUGCUUUCUGAUUACAGCUUCCGGCGGCUGGUGAAAGCGAUCUUGUCGUGGAUCCUGUCGGAGGUUAGUCAAUUAUUCUGAUACA